UCGGUGUAAAACUUGUAGACUAUCAUUCAGAGUUGGCCGCGGCGUUGUCUUCCCCAAAGACCCCAAACAGUAACGACGCACAGACUAACGACACAGACACAAGACCUUGGGCUGGAUAGUGUGUAGUGCACACAUAGCAGGCAGUGCGACACUGUGUACUACAUGGACCAGACCAGACUGAAGGAUAUUAAACAUCUCGAAUUCUCGAUAGUCUAGGAAGUGCUGUGUGUGUAAACAUUGGAUAAAUACAUUUAAAAAAACAACAGCAUUUCAGCGAUGGAGGUGUUCCAUUCGAUUGUUUGGAUGUUAUUUAGAUACAAGGUUAUUGUGCAUUCGACUUUUUCGAGACAUUUGACAUAGACUCAGCAAAAUAUAGAUCUAGAUCUACAGGUAUCUGAAUUUACAAGUUUUAGCUGAAGCCCUAGACUAGAUCUAGAUGUAGAUUCUAUGUCUAAUCAGAAUGAAGAAAGAAAAAAAUGCAUCUUCAGACUCAUUGCUUGUUCACUUGAGCACAGCCUGGCCAUUACUACCACUGGUCACUCCAAUGCUGGUAUCUCUUCUAGUUGCACUUUUGUCACAUGCAGAUGCAGAGACAUGUUCUGUCAGCACUAGAGAUAACUAUCCACAACAAGUUCACUACUUUUUCUAUAGGGAUUCUGACCAUCCAAUCAUUAUUGAAGACAGUAACCGUGUCUCCCAUCAAAUUGCCAACCGAAUACUAAAGAUCCUUCUUGAGUCUAUAGCCGGUUAUCAAAACGUGAAGAUAGAUCAUUGCUACUUUUAUGAUAACCACAACAUCACAGCUCUGUUAGAUCGUGUUUCAGGCAAGACCUAUUCAAAACAUUGCCAGCCACCUACAAUAAACCACAAUGAAAUUCCUGCUACAAUGGUCAAUCUAGAGGCCUGGAUGGUGGCUGGCUUUGACAAGGGUCCUUGGCUGAAUACUGGUCAACUUGUUGAUGCUGGACCAUUGGGACCUCAAGGAAGGAUGGGUUGGUUUUUGCCAAAGUUUUUUGUUGACAAAAAUUGGGAGAAUGAGAAAAAGAUUCUGGACCACUGGAAAGCACUCAGCACUAAGCUUGUCAAGAAUCUUUCUUGGUGGGGGAGGAGAGAGCUAGAGGAGAUCAAACCAGAUUAUGAACAAGAUGCUUACAAGAAUCCUAAAUGUCUGGAUGUUAAAGGAAAAAGACCAUCAUGUGCCACUUUGUUUGCUGCUAAUAAAGGUGUUGAUGCUGGACUCCUAGAAGAACAAAUUAAAGCACUAGAUAUUAAUGUGGAUAUUGUCUGGCUGGAUGACAAACUUCAUCAAUUUGUUGUGGAGCAGCUCAACAAUAGCCAGCCGGUAUUGUUCUUUAACUGGCACCCUGAUACUCUGAUCGCUUCUGGUCAGUUCACAAGAGUUAACUUUCCAGAAACUCAUGCUUCACACAAAAAUUUUAUAUCUCAACCACUGUUUCAGGAGCCAGUAGAUUGUGAUUUUCCUGUCAACCAACUGACCAAAGUCUUGUGGGGUCCUUUGGAAUCUGAUGCUUAUGAGGCCUAUCAUAUUAUUUCUCAAAUGAGUUUCUCUGACAUGGAGUAUGAUGGACUGAUUGCACAGCAUCCACAUUUUACUGUUGACCAAAUAGCUUGCCAGUGGAUCAAUAACAAUUCAGCCAAAUGGGACUUGUGGUUGCCUGAUAGGCUAAGAGAGAAACCCAAAAUUUACUUAGGUGGACUUUUCCCUAUGUCUGGUAAAAUCUGGUCACAGCCUGGCAUUGUUGAAGGUGCCAAGUUAGCUGUAGACCUAGUUAACAAGGAUCCUCAAACUUUGCCAAACCACACCCUGGAGCUGUUGGUGCAUGAUACCAAGUGUGAAUAUGAUGUAGCGAUGAAUCAGUUCAUUACUCUAGCUCAGAAAAAAUUACCACCAAUAGUUGGCAUUUUAGGCACAGGAUGUUCUGAUCCUGCUGAGAGGAUAGCCGCCCUUUCUAAGCAUUUCAAUAUGAUGAUGGUCAGCUAUGGAGCAGAAGCACAGUCAUUGUCUGAUCGUGAGAAAUAUCCAUACUUCUUCCGUACAGUUCCAUCAGUAAAGCUUUACCUGCAAAUCUAUCCAAGUCUUUUUAAAGUUCUUGCUAAAGAACUGGGCUCUAAAAUGGUAGGAGCUGUUGCAGAAAGUGGCCAGGAGCUUCCAGAGUACCACAUGACUUUGCAGGAAAGACUGAUGGCAGAUGGUUUUACUUUAAUAGUUAAAAGGCGGUCACUCAAUGGUACACAGACUCCUGACAUAGCACAGAUUUUAAAAGAGUUCAAAACUUCAAAUGUGAGAAUAAUUAUAGCAGAUGUUUUUAGUAAUGUGGCAAGGGAAAUAUUUUGUGAGGCUUUUAAGCAGAAAAUGACAGCGUUUGAAGGCUAUGUCUGGUUCCUGCCAUCUUGGUAUGCACAAGACUGGAAAAAUGUUGACUAUUACAAUGGGGAGCCCAACAAUCAUGAAAUUUACCCCCACAGGGAGAAUGUGCCUUGUAAAACCUCAGAAGUAGAACAUGCAGCAGAGGGUCACUUUGUUUUGUCCAAAUCUUUCUUGGCUCCACCUGGCACAGUUGUUGCAGGGGGCAUAACUGUUGAUGAGUAUAAAAUGAAGUAUGCCAAGAAAUGUGGGACAUCUGUUGAAGAAAGUAACUUUGCUAGUUUUGCCUAUGAUGCAGUGUGGGUUUAUGCCAAAAGCUUGGAUGCAUUGCUGAGGGAAAAUCUUGCAGCUCUGGAGACAAUACAUACCAAAAAAACAGCCAGUGCUUUCAGACGUGCCAUAGCUAGCAUUCAUUUUAGUGGAGUAUCUGGAUUGGUCAAAUUCGAUGGCAGUGACCGUAAUGGUGACAUAUUGAUUUUACAAGAGUUCGGUAAUGAAACUCGAACAGUUGGUAAAUAUUUAUCUGGUGUGGAGUUUGAUGCUAUGCCUAAUUUGACACUAGCCUUGAAAAAUAUCAGCCUCUUGUACACUUCACCCAAAGAAAGUCAAGGCGAGACCAUAGAUGAAUGUAUGAUAGAGAGCUUUAGAGAAAAGCUUGGCGUUUCCUGCACCAUUGCUGUUAUCAUAAUGACUGUGAUAAUUUUCUUUGGCUUUGUCAUUAUUGCUAUCAUUAUCCCUAUAGCCAUGAAAUACAGAUGUGAUGCUAAACUAAAGAAAUUUAAGGCAACUCAUGAAAGGAUCAAAGAAUUAGGUCUCCUAAAGAAAGAUUUCUAUCCCAUCCUCUCUGUGGAUGAUUGGGAACUUCCACGUAAAGAUGUUGUUCUAAACAGAGUCUUAGGGGAGGGUGCAUUCGGAACUGUUAUGGGUGGUGAAUUAAAGAAGGGAAGAGACUGGGUUGCUGUGGCUGUUAAAACACUCAAACUAGACCACACAAUAGAAGAAAAGUUGGACUUCUUUCGAGAAGUAGAUAUGAUGAAAAGUUUUAAACAUGAAAAUAUUGUGAAACUGAUGGGUGUGUGCACCCGCAAGGAACCUAUUUAUGCUGUGAUGGAAUUUUUACUUCAUGGUGAUUUAAAGACCUACCUUCUGUCCAGAAGAGAUCUGGUUGGUCAAUGCAUUAAAGAGGCAGAAGAUGUCAAAGCAGAAAGGUUGACCCAGAUGGCCGUAGAUGUGGCAAAAGGUCUCAGUUUUCUGCACUCUAUUAAAUAUGUACACAGGGAUAUAGCCUGCCGCAACUGCUUAGUACAUGCCAAAAAAACUGUCAAAAUAAGUGAUUUUGGUAUGACAAGGCACACAUCAAGUGCAGACUAUUAUCGAUUCUGUCGCAAGGCCAUGUUGCCUGUUCGAUGGACAGCUCCAGAGGCUUUGAAAGAUGGUAUUUAUUCAGCCAAAUCUGACAUCUGGUCCUUUGGUGUAUUAGUAUUUGAGAUAGUCACUUUUGGAAGUUUUCCAUAUCAAGGACUAUCUAACAGUGAAGUCUUGGACUAUGUCAUCAAGGGAAACUUGCUCAGUUUGCCAGAGAAGUGUCCAGCUGAAUUGAAGUCCUUUAUUCGCUGGUGUAUGUCAAAUGAUCCAGGCUACAGACCUGACCUUGUAGACAUCCUCAGUUACCUCAAUUACAGUCCAGCCUUUCUUAUACCAUGUCUUGAUGCACCAAUGACUAGUAUAAUUCAUGAUGACAGUAACUCACUUGAGUUGCAGACAAGCAAAAGUGACAAAAUCAAAGACAAAAAGAAAACCUUUUCAGUGCCUGGCCUCUCAUCUUUGGCCAAAGUUGGCAAGUCUUCCUCCUCUGCCAAAUCCCCCAUAUCAUCAUCCAUGUCUUCAUCUAUCUGCUCAGGAAUGCUGCACAAUAGUAGCGUCUGCAGUUUAAACUCAUUUGGUAAUGUUGUUGGCCUUCUAGACAUUAACGACCUGAAAGAUGAGGACAUCAGUUUUAAGAAGCACAGCGGGGAUAUUUACAGACAUUCCUUAAAGUCCUAUAGGGAUGUCGAGACUGAAAUCAGGAAAAUGGAGGCAAGAAAAUCAGUGUCAUCAGACCGCAGAUUUUCAUCCACUGCUGGAAGUGACAGAGGCGACUUAAGCAGUGGUUACAUCAGCCAGAAUUCAAAGGGUGAAUCCAAGCAUAUUUGCCAAACAGUGACUUCUUUAUAACAAGGAAUUUUGAGACUUCUAUAAAAAUAAUAAAAUACCAUUAUUAUUUAUGCACAAUCAAGAUAUUACAAAAUAUGUUUUAUUAUAUAAAAUUAUUAGGUGAACAAAUUUUAAGCAAGGGAAUUAGUUAGAAUCAAAAAGAUGAAAAACAACUUUUUUAUAUAAACAGAAUUAAAAAUUAUUAUUUUUAGCAACCUUUAUAAGGGAAACUACUGUUGGUUUAAAUGCUGACUGUCAGCCCGUCCGUCCAUCUGUCACACUUCGAUCUCAAAAACUUGAAGCGUUAUUGAAAAUCCAAUUUCACUGCUGUCUGUAUAAUUCCAGAAAUAUGUGCUAUUGUUUUCUUCUCUUUUGUUUUUGUAAUUAAAUAUGGAAAUUGUUUUUACCUACAGAUACACCAUUUUUAACAAAUUUCAAGCCUGUUUAGCUUUAUGGAUUUAGCUGCCAUAAUAACACACAAAUGUGUGAAUUGAAAAUGAUGCAAUCAAACUGUGUUUCGUCAAACUAAGUUUAAAUAUUUAAAUUUAUGUUUGCUGGUGUAACAUUUAUUUAAUAGUCUUCCAAAGUAUAUACUUGUUUAUUUAAAAAUGAAGUAUGCAUUUUGCAUUCCCAUAUCACAUGACCUACUGCAUUUCUCUUUAAUCUUUGGACUCAAAACCAAGCCUUAUCUUAUAAACAAUUUUUUUAUAAGAAAUUUAAAGGGCAUGUUAAUCCAUAACCCUUUUCAUUUCAAGUGCGUAUAGUGUAAUGUAGAAGUAUGACUUAUCCAAAGAGGCUGCCUACGAGUUUUGUAAUGUAAACUCAUUUUAUUAUCUAUCUUGUUUAAAUCCUUUUUUUUUUCCUGCUUUUCUUUGUGCCUUUAGCAAAUCUCAAGUCAUUCCAGAAACUAUAUUUAUUAUUUUAUCUGCUUUUUAAAAAUUUAUCUACAAAAAUUUGGUUGAGUAAAAUAAAUAAAAAAAAACUGUUCCACAUUUAUUUUAUAUAUUAUCAUGUAUAAAUGUCUUUCAUUGUCUUCGUAUUUUAGUAGGCUUAAUUGCUCAACAAAAAAAUAACUAUGGUCAUUUAAUUGUUUUUAUGUGAACUGCUGAUUUUUAUGUCCAGCAGGGUGUUGCUUUAGUGGUUUUUAGGGUUCCUCCUUCUUAUAGAUGCUGCUUGACAUGUUAUAAAUUUUAAUAUAGACAUCUCAUUGUUCUUUAGUUAAAAUACUCUCAUUAUUAGAACCUUUGUGGAAGUCUAGACUAUCCCCAUUGUAACUGGUUUCCACAGGAAGAGAUUAUAUAUGAAAUUAGAUAAUAGUAAAGGUGUGUUAACCAGAGUUAAAGACUCUGCCUUGCUGAAAAAAUAACUGAGUUGUUAUAUUAACAUUCUGUUUAAUCUGGCCAGUAAUCUCUCUAUAUAUCAAUUGAGCUCCAAAGUUUUCUAUCAAAAUUUCUACCAAUACAAAUAUUACAAAAAUAUAUUAAGAACAAAUCAGAAUUGCAAAAGACAACCAAAAAAUUGAAUUGCACUGCUUAGUUUUCAGUCAUUUUAUUCCAGCUUCAUGCAGGUUACUUCAGUUUUAUAUUGCCACAUAACAAAUGAUGAAAUUAAAUAAAAAAUGUUGACUUAAGAUUGACAUUUUAUCAUUUUGGCUUUUAAAAUUUAACUUACAUACUGUAGACCUAAGUUUAUUUUAAAUAUUUGUAAUGAUGAUCCACAGAAUAGUACAGUAAUAGGAUAUGAUGACUUAGAAAGCAGUAAAAUAAAAAUAUGAAGCCAGAGAAUUAUUAAUUUAUAAUAUCUAGAAUGUUGAAUUAGUAGAAAUUUGUUUAUUUUAUUUAACUAAACAUGAGUGUUUGCAUUUUGUGUGACAUAUGACUAGAGAGAGAUUUUUCCAAAACAUUUCUGUUUAAGCUCUAAUAUUUUCUAGCAUUUUAUAGGUGAUAUUAGAUUUGUUGUAAUUUUUACCUAAAUAUUCUACCUUUUUUUAAUCAUGCAAUUUAAUUUUUUUUCUAGUAUUUUUACAUUUUUUUUUGUUAAACCAAUUUUUUAAAGUUGCUUUUAGUACUUUUUUUGUAGAUCAUAUUUUUGUUUAAUUAGUGUGAAGUUAGUGAUAGCCUAUAGAAAGAAAAAAAAAAUUCUAGCUACUUUUAAUAGCUACUGAUAUAUUUUCAGCUGUUAACAUGUGAUAUUGCAAUGUGCUGAAGAUAUUUCAUACACAUCUUUUGUUAAUAUAUGCUUAUUAAUUCUACAAUAUUAAUUGCAUAAUAUGUUAUAUGUUAUGUACCAACAUCCUUCAGUUCAUUAUUGGUGCAAACAUAUAUGGUACAAAACAAUAUCAUGAAUGAUGAAUUUGUAUAUUUUUGUAAUGCUUCAGGCUACCUCUAGACUAUUAAAUAUGACUUAUUAUAUA